AUGACAAAUUUAAGGAUGUUUGUCCCUGAUGUCUCUUAUUCACUGCUGUUGUUGGGAAUAUCGUUUCUCACUGUCUUCACUAAGACUUCACAUGAGUUCUCAGGUUAUCUGUCCCGUGUGCUGAGGAAUUACACUGAACAAGCCUGCGACGGAGAAUUCCUGACUGUUCGCUGCCCGCCCAGAACCUCCAUCACCGUCCAAUCAGCUUUCUAUGGCAGAAAAGACUCCGCCCAUUCACCCCAGUGUCCGCCCACUUAUAUCAGUGCUGGGUUACGCUCAGUGAAUGACAUCACUUCCUGUCAUGUGUCAACAUCAUUGCAGAAGAUGUUGGAUGAAUGUGAAAACAGAAGAAGGUGUCAUGUUCUUGUCAACAGUCGUUUGUUUGGGACGGACCCCUGUCCAACCAUCAGCAAAUACCUCAGCGUGCUGUACAAGUGCAGGCCGAAUGAGUAUAAGAGUAAAGUUGUGUGUGAAGGGGAGCAGUUGCGGUUGGCCUGUAAGACGGGAAUGCAAAUAGUAGUUUAUUCCGCCAUGUUUGGCCAAACACAGCAAGGAACGCUGGAGUGUCCUCCACACCACCGGAGGGUCCCGUCUGUUGACUGCUCGUCAGACAUGGCUCUGCAUGUGAUGACAUCACAUUGCCAGGGAAAACGCACCUGUGUGGUCCGCGCUUCUACACAAGUCUUUGGAGACCCCUGUUACCGUGGCACCCGCAAAUACCUCAGCGUCAUACACACCUGUGUACCAAAGAAACUCCUUCAGGAAUCAUUUUCCAGGCAUCCAUCAUUCCCCUCUUCCCCCUCUCUGCCUCAUGACCCCAACGUGGUGGGAGACAGCGCCCCCCCUGACGGGACCCCACUUUUGACUUCAGACACAGCGCCAGGGAGGUCGACACGAGGCCAGACUUCUGGUUCAUAUUCAGAAGAGCCGGAUCAGUCUGAAGAACAAGAGAGAGACAGUGAUCCAAACCCCACAGUAUCCACCGAAAGCAGACCAGCAAUGGCUCUCAUCAGCAGCGCACUGGCUGCAUACACCUACAUUACAGAGCAUCCCGAGCAUUGUGCCCUCUAUUUCAUGUGUGGUGUGUGUGCUGGUCUGUUCCUCACACUCUUCGCUCUGGUCAUUCAGAUCUCCUGUCGUACGGACUGUAAAGCUCGUCAUGCGGUUGCUAAGAAACGGCCAAGACCCUCGGACUCCGACAGCGACACCACUGACUCUGACUCAGACUGGGACACGGGUUCGGACCUCUCGGCCCGCCGACACCGCCGGUUUGAGCGCACGCUCAACACAAACAUCUUCAUGUCGGCUGAGGAGCUGGAGCGAGCGCAACGACUGGAGGAGAGAGAGCGAAUCAUACGAGAGAUCUGGAUGAACGGACAGCCGGACGUUCCCGGCACUCGCAGCCUAAAUCGCUACUAUUAGAGCUCCACCUCUGAUUGGACAAUUCCAGAAACAACGCUGCUACUGGGAGUUGUAGUUUUCUGAUAGCUAAAGAAGCUGCAUUUACCGCCAUGUUUGGCAUGAAAGUGCGCCUAUUCUUUGCAGUGGAAAUAAGCUCUUCGUUACGACGAGCAUUAUGCGUAACCUUCAGUAUGCUGAGUUGAAGGUCAAAUGCUCUGACCUCCUCCAAUUCUCUGGACUGAGGCUGAAGCUAAGGCUCAUGGGAGAUGUAGUCAAUUUAAAUACUGGCUCUGGGAGUCUGUAGGCAGCUCUUAAAGGCGUGAUAAGUUUUAAGCACUGUGAUUGGUCCUUCACUGCGCCUGUCAAACAGUAAGGACAUGUGCCCGGUUGCGUAAAGCACAUUAAGUGUAAUUUUCCUUUAAGAUGUUUCCCUUAAAUUUAAAGGAGCUCUAUGUAAUAUAUUUACUGUACUAAAGCAUAACAUUUUCAUAAUAUGUUAUCAGAGAUUUAGGAAACAUGCUAAGUUGAAAUACUGGCUUCUCCGAAAACAAUGCUAUAGCCAGUAUAUGCUACUUUGAAAUGUCCGUUCUGGGACAGAAUUUCUUUUUGUGUUUUAGCCUGUGUGAUCCAAUCCACUGCUCAUUUCCCAAUAGUAUUUUGACACCCCGGGUUGCCAGAUUUUAAACAAGUUAGCGGGCAAACAUAGCACACUACAGCCAUGGAAGCCAGCAAUACAUCUUAGCUAACAUUGAGUUAUUAAAUAGUCCACAUGAGCACUACCACGCCUGGAGUUCGCGAGUUUGAAUCCCAGAGCAUGCUGAGUGACUCCAGCCAGGUCUCCUAAGCAACCAAAUUGGCCCGGUUGCUAGGGAGAGUAGAGUCACAAGGGGUAACCACCUCAUGCUCACUAUAAUGUGGUUCGCUCUCGGUGGGGCACAUGGUGAGUUGUGCGUGGAUGCCGCGGUGGAUGGCGUGAAGCCUGCAUACAUGCUAUGUCUCCGCGGUAACGUGCUCAACAAACCACAUGAUAAGAUGGCCGAUUGGCGGAGUCAUUACACCACCAUGAGGACUUCGAGCGUAUUGGGAAUUGGGCAUUCCAAAUUGGGGAGAAAAGGGAGAGAGAUUAAAAUAAUGCAAAUGUAUACAUUAGCUGAUCAACUUACAGUGUAAGGCUUGUCGCUUGCCAUUGUUAGUUUACUCGUUCCUGUUGCGUGUCCUCAACCCGACAACCCGUGUAAGAUGCCGCGGUGGAUGGUGUGAAGCCUCCAUACGCGCUAUGUCUCCACGGUAAUGUGCUCAACAAGCCACAUGAUAAGAUGCACGAUUGGCGGUCACAGACACGGAGGCAACUGAGAUUCGUCCUCCGCCACCCAGAUUUAGGCGAGUCAAAACACCACCGUGAGGACUUAGGAAUUGGGCAUUCCGAAUUGGGGCGAAAAAAAUCAAAUAAAUACAUUUUAAUAAAAAUAUAGCAAACGUAUACAUUAGCUGAUCAACUUACAGUGUAAGCCUCAUCGCUUGCCAUUGUCAGUUUGCUUGUUCCUGUUGCGUGUCCUCAACCAGACUUGGACUGCGGUGCCCAUUACAAAUGCUUGAUGUCAAUGUUACAUAUUGCUCCUUUAAGGGUGUUGCAGGAAAUAACCCUUAAGUGUUACUUAAGGGUUUUUAUGGGUAAAACGUCACAAUCCCUUAUGAUCUCCCUUUAGUAUUUAUUUGUUACUUAAGUGUGCCCUUAAACACCAUUAAGUGUUGCAUAAAGCCCCAUAACUGCCAUUUUCCUAAGUAUUUCCUAAGGUUAGGAAAACUUAACUUUAAUCUUUGUAAGAGUUUCAAAGUUUAUAAAUAUGAACAAAUAGCUACAUUUAUACUUACAAAUGAAGAGUAUAGUGUGCCAAGGCGAAUUUUUCAUGAUAAGGAGAACCCAGUUUUAGGCCAUUUAAGCGAUGAAAAACUGUUGCAGUUGUUGCAUGAGUACAGAUUUGACGGUGGAAGCUGGAGGGCGAUCUAAUAGGAACACACGCAAACCAGAGGUGUGCCCAGUAUCAUCUGCUCUCUGUAUCUUUAUAACCUGUAGAUAUGGAUGAAUUGAAUUCAUACCAAAAAGUUAAUUUGCGAUACAUCGCAAAUUUGUAUAUAUCUUACACCCCAACUGACACCACUCAUAUUCUUAAUUUGGGAUGGCGAUCAGUUUUCUGCACAGUUAUUCAAGCAUCUUAACGUCUUGCACCUCUAAUCCAUCUCUAACUGGGCAGUCUUUCAAAAGUGUCUUUCUUAAAAGGCCGUAAAAGCAGAAUCCUCCAUUCAUUGGUCUGCAUGCCAAACUCAGGACGUUCACACAGGAAAAUGUGUACACAAAAAAGUGUUUGAAUUGAUUAAAUUCGAGGAUUGGACCCAAAAUCCAUAUGGAAAGCCGCCAGUGUAUCCUCCAGAAAAUGAGAUUGAAAAAAUAUUCAUGCACUAGUUGUAAACUACUGUGACUGGUGCAUACUGAAAAGUGCAUACAUGACAACACCGUAUACGUGCUGCUUCAGAAGAGGUCGGACAAUAAUUUACACAUGAAUAAUGAUGAUACAGAGAAACUUUAAUAGGAAUUUAUAUUUAAAUAAAAUCAUAGUGUAAAGUUCAAGUAUUUUCUAUAAGGUAAAAUUGCCCAAGUGUUGGUCGGGACAUUUCCGAUCUUCUGAAAGUUCACAGAGACAUGCCGUGUCCAUGGUAACAGCAGAGUUUUAUUUCGGUAAAACCUCACACACUGUAGUAAAUCCCUUAAUGGUUUCUCUUAACACCCUUAAGUCACUCCCUCAGGUAAAGGGAAAUCACACUUUAAGUGUACUGAAGGGAAAAACUUAAGGUGUUUUAUGUAACGGGGCACUGCGUCUGUAGGGAGAACAUGGAACAUUUAAGGUUCCAAACAUUACCAAUUUAUGUGCCUUCCAGUUUUCACCUAAAAACAAAUUUCAAAAAAAUAAAAUAUAUAUAUAUAUAUAUAUACACACACACACAUACAGUGGGCCAAACCAGUAUUUGGACAAAGUAUGCAAACAAAUGAUGCUAGAGUUUUUCUCAGAAAUAACUUUUUUUUGCUAUAACUUUUACUCAACAGGUUUCAGGUGUUAUUAGCAGAAUUGAAGCAGAACAACACAAACAUGUUCCACUAAUAUUUGACAACCAGAACGUGUUUGAAUACUUUUUGUCUACGUUUUAUACAGUAAUGUAUAACAAUAUAGUUUUAUUAUUUCUUUGUUAAAAUAAAUGACACCUGUUUUAAUUUUUUGUUAUUUAAUGCAAUGACAUUCAGACAUUUUUGAGAGUGCCUUAGGUUUUUCAAAUACUUUUUGGGUCUGCUGUAUGUGUGUGUGUGUGUGUGUGUGUGUGUGUGUGUGUGUGUGUGUGUGUGUGUGUGUGUGUGUGUGUGUGUGUGUGUGUGUGUGUGUGAGUGAGUGUGUGUGUGUGUGAGCGUGUAUUUAUCACUUUGUGGGGACCAAAUGUCCCCAUAAGGAUAGUAAAACCCGAAAUUUUUGACCUUGUGGGG